AUGGCGGAGGCGUGCAAAAGAACGCGCGACGACGAAGAUGGACUCGGGAGUGGCGCGUGCGCGUUCGCGUACGCGCGCGCGAAGGCGACGACGGGGUGCGUGUUCGUGGACGACGGCGGCGCGGGAUCGAAGACGCUGUACGAGGCGCUGCGACCGAGCGCCACGGCGAGAUUAGCGGAGACGCUGUCGGCGUCGAGCGCGGGCGUGGACGCGGACGCGAAGGCGCGAGAUGAACUGCAGGCGGGAUUGCACUGGGAGUUUUUGCGCGCGCAUCCCGAGACGCGGCCGUUGUUGGGGAUCACGGGCGCGGACGCGAGGAAAGGAUUACCGGGAAACGGCGACGACGACGAGGCGCCGGAGACGGCGUCUAUGUGUGGCGUCGUCGCCGCGGUCGUGGCGAGUAAGAUAUUGAGUUAUUUGGACGCGAGUGAAGCCGUCGCAGUGGCGCGCGAGUGCGAUCAGUGGACGCACGUGGAGGCGUUGGCGUUGUACAAGCCCGAUCGCCCGGACUCGGCGCCCGUGCCAAACGCGUCCGAAUACGAGGUUCUUCCGAGCGGGGACGAUAUGGAUGCCGACGACGCGCAAGACGGUGAUGAAGAUCGCGAGGGUUUCGAUACGCACGCGAGACUUUUCGGCUACGACGCGUUGGCUAAGCUGAGAGAGAUGUACGUCCUUGUGUGCGGCACGGAUUCGCUCGCCAACGACGCGUGCGUCUGCGCGCUUGCCGCCGUCGGCGUCGGUAACGUCGACGUAUACGGGGCGAGUGGAUCAAAAGUAUUUGUUCGGCACGAUUGCGAAGUGGACGAUUUGUGCGAUUUAGACGAUUUAGAAACGUACAAAUACCACGUCGUGGUUCGCACGAGCGCGUGCGCCACCGCCGACGAAGUCGUCGCCAUCGCGAGAGAGGCAAAAUCGCCGGUGAUUGAAAUUACGAGUACGAGCGUGGGGUCGUGUGUUGUGGAUGUUAGUUUAGGCACGGACUCGUCCUUCACGCGUGCGUCGUUCUCGGGAUGGAUGGAUGCGCCGACGGCAUGCGUCGCCGCACACAUCGCCGCGAUGGAAGUAGUGCGGAUAGCGCAAGACCGAAGACGCGCGACGACGAUAGUGUUCGACGGGAAAGGGAUAUUUACCAAGGCAAGGAUGUAA